AUGGUAAACUGUUCGAGCAGGUGGCGAUUGCGGCGAUUGCGGAGUAGACACAGUGCAGUAGCAGACGAAGAGCCAACAUUACCUCGGAGGCUCGAUGAGUUGAUAGAUUUAAAAAUGGAAGCACAGAACACACACAAAGAAGGCAAACGAAAUUUCGACAAAAAAAAAUGGCGAGAAACGCAAUACAGCCACAAACAGAGAGUAUCGGAAUGGGAAAGCAAAAGAAAAGAAGCUGUAAAAAGAAAAUACAGGAAGAUGCUAAAAAAGGAUGAAUCUACUUCAUCUGUUCACAUUACAAAUCGUUUGUACAACAUUGCUGAUGGAAAUUACAAUAGUGGAUAUUCUCAACCACCACCUCCUCAAAGGCUGUCUGAGUUUCAACGAGCCAAGCUAGAAUAUGAACGUAUACAAGGUUUAAAAGAAGAAGCUCGAUUGGAAAGGGAACAAAAAGUAAAAGAAAGAGAAAUGGCCAUCAUGAAGAGCAAACAAGUAAGACUGGAAAGGAUCAAGAAGCUCACUCAGAAAACAAAGAAAGGGCAGCCAGUCAUGAAGGGUAGAAUAGAAAUCCUCCUUGAGAAGAUCCAAAAGCAAGUUGCCAAUGAGAGUUAAUACCUAAGAACACCAUUUAUCUCAAUGAUUUCCAAAUUAUUACACGGUUUACUUCCAA